ACAAGGAUGGAUGCUUUCAGGUUGCUCGGGGCCGGUGCUUCAUUCAAGAAGAACGGCAAGUUUGCUAGGGAUCACGAACUGUUCAACGCACAACCUGCACGUAGGGAUCCUGCCGAGGCUGCACGAGCGGAGAAGGACAUCGAAAGAGAGCUCGACUUCUUCCAUACAGCUGCAACCCAGCCAUCUGCCUCUGAAGCCAACGCUCACCGAAAAGCAAAUCGCAUCAAGGUCACAGGUACCGACGUUCCAUAUCCUUUUGCAUCAUUCUCCGACCUUCUUUCUCGGUUCGAACUUCGUUCGUUUCUUAAACGAAAUCUGGACAAGUAUAACUUCAACAAGCCUACACCCAUUCAGAUGCAGGCCAUCCCUAUUCUUUUGCACAAACGCGAUUUGCUUGCCAUCGCCCCAACUGGAAGUGGUAAAACACUUGCGUUCGUGUUGCCUAUGGUUCAGGAUUUGAAGGCGCAUGAGUCUGCGGGCUUCCGUGCUUUAAUCAUCUCUCCAACACGCGAGUUGGCGCAACAGAUCUACAACGAGGUCAAGAAGCUGACCGAGGGAAGGGGAAUGAAGGUUUGCAUGUUGACGAAGGCUACGGCGGCUACACAGGCACAAGCCCCUGAACUGCGACAGAAGUUUGAUAUCUUGAUCUCCACACCGUUGCGUUUGGUUCAUGCUCUGCAGCAGGAGUCCAUCGAUCUCAGCAAUGUACGACACCUCAUCAUGGACGAAGCGGACAAGUUGUUUGAACUGGGUUUUCUGGAGCAGACAGAUGAGAUUCUAGCUGCAUGCUCGUCACCGGCGUUGCAGAAGGCACUGUUCUCUGCAACUCUGCCAUCGUCCAUCGAACAGCUUGCGAACACCGUCAUGAAGGAUCCAGUCCGUGUUAUCAUUGGUUCAAAGGAGGCUGCCGCUGAGACCAUUGACCAAAAACUUGUGUAUGCUGGAAAUGAACAGGGAAAACUCAUAGCCAUUCGCAAUCUCGUGCAGACCGGUGGUCUUAAGCCCCCUUGCUUGGUGUUUGUGCAAAGCAUCGAGCGUGCAAAGGCAUUGUUCCAUGAGUUGGUGUAUGAUGGAUUGAAUGUCGACGUAAUUCACGGAGAGCGGACAAAGGCUCAAAGAGAUGCUGUCAUUGACAAGUUUCGUGAAGGCCAAAUUUGGAUUCUGAUCGCUACAGACGUCAUGGCUCGUGGUAUUGACUUCAAGGGAGUCAACUUGGUCAUCAAUUAUGAUUUUCCCCAGUCAGUGCAAUCUUAUGUCCACAGGAUCGGCCGUACUGGACGUGCCGGUCGUCGUGGUGAAGCCGUCACGUAUUUUACGAAGGAUGAUGCCGAGUACUUGAAGUCAAUUGUCAACGUCAUGAGGCAGUCUGGUUGUGAAGUGGAAGAUUGGCUCUUGAAGCUCAAGAAGCCCAGCCAGGAAGCCAGAAAGAAGUUGAAGAAGAAGCCUGUUGACCGAAGGAAUAUAUCCACACAACCCAAGGUUUUCAAGGAAAAGCGUGCGCAUAAAAAGGACAUUAUCGAGAAUUCGAAGAAAAAGAAGGCGCCGCAGCAGGAAGUUGUCACUGCUAGCGACCAUGAGGGAGACGAAGCAGACUGAGUACGUGCUAGAUAUAUAACAGCCCAAUGGUUCAAUUUCGUAUCUUUUCACUAUGAUCCUCUCGAUCUCUUUUGUUACACUCUAAUGAUGGU